GCCAGACCAAGCAGACUUUUGGACACGGAGAGGUGAAAGAGCAGCCAGGAGAUGGGCCCCACUUCUUUCAUCACCCUUAGCUUCCUUGUCUAUUUGGCUGCUAGUCCCUUCCUAGAAGCAACUGAGGUGUUGAAGGGCUAUGCCUGCCCAGAGUUCUGGGACUUCUUUGAGGACAACUGCUACAGGUAUUUCUCUGAGAAGAAGGCCUGGAAAGAAGCUGAGGAUGUAUGCCAGAGCUUGGGUACCCACCUGGUCUCCAUCCAGAGCAAGCAAGAAUCCUGCCAUCUCAGGAAGUACCUGACCAAAUUUCUGCCCAAUGGUGACGUCUGGAUAGGGCUCCACAAUCCUCAGAAGACUCCUGGAAGCGCAUUCUGGCAGUGGACGGACAGCCUCGCGCUCAAGCACAGCGCAUGGAAUCCAGGGCAACCCAACAAUUAUGCCAACACUGGCGAGUUUUGCGCAGAGCUGUGGAAAUCCACAGACUUUAAGAAGUGGAAUGACGAGAUGUGCAAUCGUAAAAACAGCUUCGUGUGCAAAGCGACGGUGGAGUCCAUACAAGAGGAAUUUGCCUGCAAGUGA